UCCUCUUUGUAUCUCCAGAAUAAUGAUGUGAGUGUGACAGAUCCUGAAGAAAAUCUAGAGCGGGAGUUCUGGUCCAGCAAAACGGAUUAUCUCCUUUCCUUGGUGGGAUAUGCGGUGGGACUCGGAAACGUCUGGAGAUUUCCAUACCUUGCUUUUAAGCAUGGAGGAGGAGCAUUUCUUAUCCCGUAUGUGAUCAUGCUGGCGCUGGCUGGUUUACCUUUAUUAUUACUUGAGUGCUCUCUUGGACAGUUUGCAAGUUUAGGUCCAAUUGAAAUAUGGAGGAUUGCACCACUUUUCCAAGGUGUUGGUUUUACCAUGGUGGUGAUAUCUACAUUAGUAUCUAUAUACUACAAUGUGAUUAUAGCCUACAGUCUCUUUUAUUUAUUUUCCUCAUUCCGAAGUUAUCUGCCCUGGUCUGACUGCUUUGAGUGGGCCGACGGUAAUUGUCAAAGCAGCUUACAUGUAUACCACUGCAAUGUGACUCUAGAGAAUGCUACACUAGUAAUGAAUGUAUCGUGGGCCGACGGAAACAACCUCACCUGCUCUGCUCGAAACGGCACAGAGUUACCCAGCAAACAGUAUUGGGACAAAGUGGCUCUGAAGAGAUCGAGUGGUAUGGACGAGACUGGGCAGGUGGUUUGGCACUUAGCCCUCUGCCUGCUACUGGCAUGGAUCAUAACUGCUGCUGCCCUGGUGAAAGGAAUAAAAUCUUCUGGAAAGGUGGUAUAUGUCACUGCAGUAUUCCCAUAUAUUGUCCUUAUUAUUCUUCUCGUCAGAGGGGCAACUUUGGAGGGAGCCAGAGAUGGCAUUGAAUAUUAUAUUGGACAACAGUCUGACAUUACAAAACUAAGUAAUGGGGAAGUCUGGAGAGAUGCUGCCACCCAGAUAUUCUACUCUCUAAACACGGCUUGGGGAGGGCUGAUCGCUCUUUCAUCUUAUAAUAAGUUUCAAAACAACAGUUACUGGGAUUCCAUCAUUGUCUCUAUUAUCAAUUGCCUAACCAGCAUCCUUGCGGGAUUCUCUAUCUUUUCCAUCCUUGGGCAUAUGGCUUUGGUGUCAGGAAAAAAAGUUUCUGAAGUGGUGGAUGAAGGAUUUGGGUUAGCUUUUAUUGCUUACCCUGAUGCAUUGGCAAAAUUGCCAAUUUCUCCUCUCUGGUCAAUUCUAUUCUUUUGCAUGCUGUUGGCUUUGGGACUUGACUCACAGUUUGCUCUAAUAGAAACUCUCACUACUACAAUACAAGACGUGUUUCCAGCAUUAAUGAAAAAAAUGAGGAUUCCCCUUACUGCAGCAAUAUGUGCCAUGUUAUUUCUCCUUGGGCUUCCUUGUGUGACUCAGUCGGGCAUAUACUGGGUAAAUCUCAUUGACUCCUUCUGUGGGGGAUGGGCAUUGCUGUUUGCCGCAGUUUUGGAAUUGGUGGCAGUUAUCUGGAUUUACGGUGGCAAUAGGGUGAUCAUGGAUAUUGAGAUGAUGAUAGGAAAGAAGCCCUGGAUCUUCUGGCUGUGGUGGAGAGCCUGCUGGUAUUUUGUAUCCCCGGUAUUGUUAGCUGUAAUUUUAGUCUGGUCACUGGUCACCUUUGAGACUCCAUCUUAUGGUGGUGUAGUAUAUCCUAAAUGGUCAGUCAUACUUGGCUUCCUAAUGGUUGUUUUUUGCCUCAUAUGGAUUCCCAUUAUAGCUAUUGUGAAAGUAAUUCAAGCUCCUGGUAAUAUUUUUCAGCGCAUUGCAAAAUGUUGUAGACCAACUGAAAACUGGGGCCCCCGACUGCCGAAAAACCGUGGUGAGCGGUACAAACAUAUGAAGGAUGAUACUGCCAAGCAAGAAACUGAUGUUGAAAUUCCAGACAUUACGGGAUUCGAUAAUUCUUCAUUUCAGAAAGACUGAAUAUUUCAUCUGUACACAUUUUUUGGACUGUCCACAGAAAACAUGUUUAACUUAACUCAUGGUCAACUGUACAGAGUAGAAAAGAAAAAACAAUAGGAUGCACUCCCUUGUGUGAUACCCAAGGAUGUGGUGGUAACGCUAAGCUUACCAACAAUAGUUGUACUCCAUCCAAGUACAACCAUGGAAGAACGUAUGAUGUAAUAAAAUUUCAGCAGCCACUCCACCUCGCAUAACCACAGAUACAAUGAGAGAUUGCACUGGAGAAGGCGCUG